UUUCGACGGGAGGAACGGCAGAAGCGUUGUCAGGAGGAGCGUUGUCAGGAGGAAAUGGAGGAGGAGAUGGUGGAAAUAGAGAAGGUGGAUAUAGAGAAGGUGGAUAUAGAGAAGGUGGAUAUAGAGAAGGUGGAUAUAGAGAAGGUGGAGAUAGAAAAGGUGGAGAUAGAAAAGGUGGAGAUAGAGAUGAAGGUGGAAGAAUGACAGGAGAUGAAGGAAGAAUAACAGGAGAAGAAUGA